AUGAAAUCAACUUUUUUGUUAGUAUCCAUGCUUCUUUGCAAGAUCAUAGCUUUCCAAGUAGAUAAUUUAAAGUUAACAUACACUUCAAAUAAACAAUCCAAUACCAUUAAAAUUGGUACAAUUGAAAACAAUCUAGUACCUAAUAUUAUAAACAAUUUGACAAUUGAUGAUACUAUCAAAUUUUCAUUCCAAAUAGUUGACUAUGGUGCAGUUCCCGAACAAAUUGCGUUACUUGUCGGUUUACCAGAUAGAGAUUUAGAGAUCCCAAUUAAACCAACUUUAAAGGUCAAAGAUAAUUCAAUAUUGGCUCUUUUCAAACUAUCAUUAAAGGACAUUCCUAAAUCUAUAUUAUAUUUUGCUCACAACGAAGAAAAACCAAUUUCUGGUACUUUAAUUGUCGCAUCUUCUGAGGUUGGUAAAAAUGAUUAUAUUUUCACAAAAACUUUUGAAAUGAAUUUAGAUUAUGAUACCUUUGCAUUUGAUUCAUUUAAAGAGCCAAUUAGAUAUGAACCAUUACCAGAAAUUCGUCAUAUCUUCCCAUCACCACCAAAAACUGUUUCUCCAUUUUUAGCAAAAAUAUUUGUUGGGAUCAUUAUUCUUGCAGGUUUUGGUUUAUUAUUUAUUUGGGUUUCUUUUGGUGUAAUUAAGUUUGAUAAUAUAGCAACAGGAUUAAAUCUUAUUUAUUUAUUAGGGUUUAUCAUUUCAAUCAUUGGUUUUGAGCUUGUCUUUUUAAGGUAUUAUUUAGGCACUAGUAUCUUUGAAACGAUUAAUACUUCUUCGUUGCUGGGUAUUUUUGGUUUAGUAAUUGGUACUAAGUAUUUAAGAAGUAUUGGAAACAAUAUUUAA